UCAGUUGCUUUUUUAUAUUCGAUCUGGGAGAAACAUGCUGGUGUUCUUAUUUCUGGUGUUUGCCACUGGAUUUUUGGUUUACCUCAAGCUCCGAUGGCACUAUUCCUACUGGUCCAGAAGGGGCGUGGCCGGCGAGAAACCAGAGUAUUUCCUUGGGAACAUGAAAGGCUUCGGGAAGAAUCUGCACUGGACAGACAUUAAUCUCAGGAUCUACAAGAAAUUUCAGAACACAGAACGCUACUGCGGAUUCUUUACUUUCGUAACCAAGGCGCUUUUUGUAAUGGAUCUGGAGUUAAUAAGAAGGAUAAUGGUCAGUGAUUUUGGGAGCUUUGCAGAUCGUGGUCUUUUCCACAACGUUCGAGAUGAUCCCUUGACGGGGAACCUUCUAUUUCUGGAUGGACCCGAAUGGCGUUGGCUGCGACAGAAUCUUACGCAGGUUUUCACCUCCGGAAAACUCCGAUAUAUGUUCUCCAACAUGCUGAAGGUGGGCGAGGAGCUGGCCGAGUCCUGCCAGAAACAAGAGGGAGAAAUUGAGGCCAAGGACUUGUGUGCCCGCUUCACCACGGAUGUGAUUGGAAGCUGCGCCUUCGGCCUGGAGUGCAAUAGUCUCAGGGAUCCGGAGUCCAAGUUCCGACAAAUGGGCAAAUCGGUCACCACCAACCCACACCACUCCAUUAUUGUUCAGGCUUUCAUGUUUGGCCAACCGAAACUGGCCAGAAAGUUCAGACUGCGCCUGUUUCGACCAGAGGUGAGUGAGUUCUUCCUGGACACGGUCCGCCAAACUCUGGACUACAGGCGGAGGGAGAACAUAAAGCGAAACGAUCUCAUCCAACUGCUCAUGGAGCUGGGCGAGGGAGAAGGAGCCGAAGGUAAGAAGGAAGAGGCCCUGUCCUUCGAGCAAAUUGCAGCCCAGGCAAUGGUGUUCUUCCUGGCCGGUUUCGACACCUCUUCCACCACCAUGUCCUUCUGCCUGUACGAACUGGCUCUGAAUCCUGAAAUCCAGGGAAAGCUGCGCGAGGAGAUUGUGGAAGUCUUUGAGCGCUACAACCAGGAGCUCACCUACGAGUCCUUUAAAGAGAUGCCUUAUCUGGACAAAGUAAUCUCGGAAACAUUGAGAAAGUACCCCAUUCUCUCCCAUCUUCUGCGUCGCUCGACGAAGGACUACGCAGUGCCCGAUACUGAUCUAGUCUUAGAAGCGGAAACUAAGAUAAUAAUCCCAGUGCACAGUAUUCACCACGAUCCAAAGAUAUAUCCGCAACCGGAAGUGUUUGAUCCCAGUCGCUUUGAUCCGGAGGAGGUCAGGAAGAGACAUCCUUUUUCAUAUUUACCCUUUGGAGAGGGACCCCGGAAUUGUAUUGGCGAGCGUUUUGGCAAAAUGCAGGUGAAAGUGGGAAUCGCUUAUCUGAUCAGGGACUUCAAGUUCAACCGAUUAGAUAAAACUCAAGUUCCAUUAAAGUUCUCGAACCGAACAUUCCUGAUUACGACUCAGAAGGGAAUUCAUCUGCAAAUGGAGAGACUAUAACCUGUAGACUAUAACCUGUAAUAUACUGUAUUCCUGAAUUAAAGAAAGCUUUUCAAUUGCAUUUAAUAAAGAAUGUUAUUCAAACCUUACUAAAAAA